AUGUUUGAUCAAGGUGUAUUAAACAGACAAAAAGUGAGUAACCAAGUAAAGCGAAAAGCAGAGGACUGGAUGUGCGACAGACCUACCAAAAUUAUCCACAGGGAAAUAAACUCUCAAAAACAGUGUUUGGAUACUCUUACAAGUAAAGACAUGAAAUACAUUCGAAAUAACUUUGGAAGAGAAAAACGUAAAUUAUUUCCCAAAUUGCCAAAAUCUUCUGCAGACGUUCAAAUUACUUUGAAUUUAUUAGAUAUAAAAACAAUUAAGGACGAACAAUUUUUAUUGGUCAACGAUCCCACCGAAGAAAUAAUUGUUUUUUCUUGUAAGAGCAACAUAGAAUUUAUGUGUGCUCAUACAUAA